AACUGGGUUGUCCGUCGGUGGGAGGGAUUAUUCCUACAUGAUCCAUUUACGGUAAUCGCUUUUCAAAGUCUAUGAGUCGUCAGUUAGGGUUAGGUAGUAGAUUCAGGUUCGCUAUCAUCAUAGCCUAUCUAAGACCGCACGUCACCGCAUCCCAACCGUCGCUCUGUACCACCACGCGCUCCUGAUGAGCAGUCUCUUCCACCCCAUGCUGAAUCCACUAAUUGCCAGUUCGGUUGCGCAAACGCUGCAGAGGAGUGUAGGAAAUCGGAGUUGAGUUCGUUGGUUUUCUAUUAUUUAAACACCUGACUAAGUUGUACUAUUUGGAGAAAAACUCGGACAUCAUUCCAACAUCAAUUCAGUUGGAUUUAAAGUUAUGGCGCUAUCAGUGCUGCGCAGCAGUUUACUUUUGCUGUGUCUGACAACUAUCCAUACUUGCCAUGGUGGCGGACAGAACUGCAUGGACAAACACCAGGUGGUUGGUGUUCUCCGUCAGAUGGAGAAGUUUCUGAAGGGACAGGAGAUGAGGUUCACAGAGGGACUACGCAUCAUGAAGUCCAAACUGGCAACCCUACAGAACUCUGUGUCCAAGCUACCACAGGCCGAUCAGUCGGCUGCUCCGUCUGUCUGCCCCUCCCUUGAAGCUCCUGUCCACGGGAGGAAGUUUGGCUCCAAGUAUUUCAUCGGUCAUGAGGUCCAUUUCACCUGUUCCCAUGGUUACCACCUGGUGGGCCCCGGGACACGUGUUUGUCAGGAGAACGGGAGUUGGAGCGGUGUCAACACCAUCUGUAAAGAUGUGAGUGAGUGCUCCAGUAACCCAUGCCAGAACGGCGGGACCUGUGUAGAGGGGGUCAACCAGUACAAGUGCACCUGUCCACAGAGCUGGAGUGGAUCCAACUGUCAGCACCAGACACAGACAGCGCCGCCCGAGUGGAGCGUCAUGAACGAUCCGGCGUUCAGCAGACGUCCCCGCUGUGCCAAGGUGGACCACGCUCAACACUGCAGCUGCGACGCUGGCUUUCACAUGAGUGGGACAUCUGACAACAGCAUCUGCCAGGAUGUGAACGAGUGUGAGGUGUACCGGCUGGACCAGGGGGCCAAGCUGUGUGUGUAUGAGUGUGUCAACGUACCUGGCUCCUACCACUGCUCCUGCCCCAGCCACUAUAAGCUGAUGCCUGAUGGGAGGAGCUGUGAGGAUGUGGAUGAGUGUCUGACCCAGCAGCACAACUGCAGUAGAGGAACAACAUGUAUCAACACAGGAGGAGGGUUCCAGUGUGUGAGCCCUGAGUGUCCCCGAUCACACGGCAACAUCAGCUACGUCAAGACGUCUCCCUUUCAGUGUGAGAGGAACCCCUGCCCCAUGGAGAGUCGUUCCUGUCACCUGGCUCCUAAGACGGUCUCCUUCCACUACCUCUCGCUCACCUCCAACCUCCAGACCCCGGCUACCCUUUUCCGAUUGGCGACCGCCUCCGCCCCCGGCCGCCCCGGCCCCGAUAGCCUGCGAUUCGGCAUUGUCGGGGGAAACAGCCGCGGGAUGUUCGUGAUGCAAAGGUCGGACCGCCAGACAGGCGAACUGAUCCUAGUUCAGGGGUUAAGAGGACCACAGGAUAUCAGUGUUGAUGUGGACAUGUCAGAGUAUAGUGACCGCACCUUCCAGGCUAAGCAUGUGGCGAAGGUGCAUGUUCUGGUAUCAGCGUAUAACUUCUGAGGAGGAUGGACGGGCAGAGGAACAAGUUAGGAGAGAGAGGGAGGAGAGAGAGGGAGGAGAGAGGGAGG